UCCCCUCCCACCCCCCACCGAUAACAACAGGUUCGGUUCUAUUUUCAAGUGCGCUUCUAAUCGUGAAUUCCCGCCGCGGAAGGUGUGAGAGGGAUGCGUCGGGCGCACCGGAGGGGGGAUCCACGUGCGCAGAGAGGAGUCCGGCCGCGGCUCCGGGUACUCGAGGACCGAUCUGCACGGACAGUUUCGGAUUGGUGAACAACAGGUCCUGUCCACUGAGCCCACCUUCACCUCAAAUCUUUCAGCAACCGACAAAGAGCUGGAGCCGAGACGAUCAAGCAUGGAUGUGCCCAGGAUGGCCGAGGGCCUCUUCAGCAGCACACUGUCCUCGUCAGGUGGCGGCCAUCACGUGCCGUCCUACCUGACACUGGAGCAGAAGGCCGCCUUCGUCUUUGUGCUGCUGCUCUUCAUCUUCCUGGCCCUGCUGAUCGUGCGCUGCUUCCGCAUCCUGCUGGACCCCUACCGCAGCAUGCCCUCAUCCAACUGGACCGACCACACCGAGAAGGACACGUUUGAUUACCGCAUCGUCUGAGGAGCCCCCACCGGUGCGCACAUUGAGAAAAUUAAAUAAAAUAGACUGAUUCGAUGCUUGAAGAGCACUUUGGCCCUAAGAACAAAUGACUGCUGAUUCACCAGGCUUUCAGAAAAUCAUCUGAAAUGUUCGGACUGGAAAGAAUUGCGAAGGCGGAUUGUCGUCGAAAUGAGCGCCAACCAGAGUUCAACAGCUUCUCCCUGCCAAAUCAAAUCAACGAUAACGAGACAACCAGAACUAUGCUAUGAAGAUUAUUGAUCAAACUACCAUGACCUUCGUUCAAAGUGACGCACCAGAACCUCCUGAGGUUCACCCACACCUACCCGCCCGCCCCUGCCAUCAGUUCUCUUGUGGACUACCUCCUGCAUCUCAUGUGUGUAAAACACACCUCACACAGGGUCAAACAUCUUGUCAGAUCCAAACCGGGUUGGAUGAUAACAGUGUUUACAUCUAAUCACGUUUACGUCCUUAGAUUUUUAUUGAUAAUGUAGACAAUCAGUGUUUAAAAGAGUUACAGGAAAAAAAAUGUAUUUCCAGAGUAAAAAGUUGAGGUCUUUCUUUUGCAUAUUUAGUCCUAAGUUGUGGACGAAAGCGAGAGGUCCAUAAGACUUUAUAUGACUGAUAUGAUCAGGCGAAGAAGAAUUCCAUGCCUUAUGUCUUUACAGAUAUUCCAAUGUGGCUGUUACCGUCUAGAUAUUUUGGUACAACCACAAACAAGACUGGUAUCAAGGUCAUAAAAAGCAGGUUUAAAUAAUCACAAAGAAGGAAAACAUGGUUGAAAAGAGUGCUUUGGACGGACACGAUGCCGGUGAGCAGCUCCUACCUGUUUUUUGUGUGCGAUAAAAAACAAAAAAAACAAGUUGUCCUUUCAGUCACAUGGAGGGAGUUUCAGUGUCCACGUCUUUAGAUGUCAGAAACCAAAAGAGGUAUUGAAAAAAAACGUUUACUGUGCUGUACCGUGUGCCUAAUUUGAAAAAAUAAAGAUAAUUAGAAUCAAAUUUAGAUUGAUGUUUUAGGAAAAAGAACGAAAAUGGGUUCACAUUUUUGUCUUUAAAAUAGUUUUGUUUUUUUGUGUCUGUGCGUGUGUGUUGUGCCCAUUUAAAGAAAUUAAAACUGCAUUUUAGUGCCUGCAGUUGGUAUAUUGACAGUUGGUAUGCCAGAUCUGCAGUGAGUUGGUGACGAGGAUGUCGAUGCAUUUUUCACAUCAAACCCUUUAUGAACUGGUGUUGUGGCUCUUUCGCUGGGCAACUUUUCAACUGUGCGCCUUAUAGUGUAGAUUGUUUACAGUAUACAUAGGUGGCGGAGACACUGGAAAUCGAUUUUGGUUUUCGCUGAUGUGACGGUGUCUUUGCACAUUUACUGGGAUGUCAUACAACUCACUAAAAAGAACGAAGAAAAAAAGAAGAACAAAAGUUCCCCGGUCUCUAUCCUGCUCGGACAGGAAGUGACCCAUGACCCUUUCGAUGACAUGUGAUGUUCUCGUGAUCUGCUGUGGCCUUUCUCCUUCCUAUCGCAAAUGGUGCAAUGUUGUGCUGAGGUGAUGUGGGUUGUGGUCUUUUUUGUUUUACGCAUGUAUUUCAUCGCUGGGUGUCCUCUCUCUGUGCAUGAUAAAUGGUGAAGUGCUUGAAAUCCCGAUGUCGUGGGUCCGUUGCUCGAGCAGCCAUUUCCCCGUCUUUUGUUUCAAUCUGUUUGUUUUUCGCCUGGAGCCGCUGUUCUUUUUUGUAAUAAAAAAUGAUCACAGUGCA